AACUCUGCUUAACGUGACGUCAUAUCCGGUAUCAGUCACGACCAACUUGGCACUUCUGUUGGAUAUCAAACUUGUGUUUAGUGGUACAUACUGAACAGAGACCUAACGAACCUUUUAUCCAUUUACAAUAUACAACCUACCCUACGAUUUACUGAAGCGUCAGGAUCUUGACUGUGUUUGCUUCUGCGUUCCACAAGUAUCCACCAGUUUUUUUGCCGACGCGUAGGACUAUUGCCUUUCCUACAAGCUUGUCAGUGUCACUGUCAAGUGAUUUGAGUGAUAUCAGAGGAGAAAAUCAGCAGCCAUGAAGCUGUUUGGAUUAACAGUGUUAUAUAAAGAUGGGUCCUCCAAGGUUAAAGAGAUGGCUGUAGCCCAUGAAGUGUCAUCUUUUGGCUACUUCCAGAGGAGCAGCAUCAAGGAGUUCAUGGAUUUCACGAGUAAGAUUAUCACAGAGAGAACAGCUACAUGCUCCAGAGCUUCCGUCAAGGAAAACGAAUACAUGUGUCAUGUGUACGUGAGGAGUGACGGACUGUCAGGAGUUCUCAUCGGAGACCACGAAUACCCACAGAGGGUAGCCCACACACUGCUCAACAAGGUGCUUGAUGAGUUUGCUGCCAAAUACCCGAAGUCGAACUGGGAUGUCCUCAGUAGCGGUCAAAUCAACUUCCCACAGUUGAAUGAAUACCUUCAGAAAUACCAGAACCCCAAGGAAGCUGAUGCAAUGACGAAGAUACAGAAUGACCUGGAUGAGACUAAGAUAAUAUUGCACAACACAAUCGAUGCCGUCCUGCAGCGUGGGGAGAAGCUGGAUGAUCUCGUGGACAAGUCUGAGGGCCUCAGUACACAGUCCAAAGCUUUCUAUAAAACCGCCAAGAAAACAAAUCAGUGUUGUGUGAUACUAUGAGGUGUUGUGAGGACAUUGUGACUGCCAGCUGCUCUACUUGAAGAUACUAUUUCCCUGUCAACUGAGAUGAAUGAUAGGAAAUCACCACUUUUCAAGUCUAUAUUUCCAUGUAAAUUAUUGUCUGCUGCUUCAGAAGACUUCAAUUGCCAAAUAUCCAGAUAUUUAUAUUGUAAUUUGUAGAUAUAUUUUUAAGAUCUGUUUUGGGGCAGUUGUACAGUUCUCUAAUUUUUUAUGGUACACUUCUGACAUUUUGGAAAUGAUAUUUUUAUUACAUAGGUAAACAGUUCUAAGGAUUUGGAAAAUCAUCUGUUGAUUUAAGUGGUAUGUGCAUUUCGAAGGAAAUGGCAUAUCAUGAAAUAUGAGUUGCAUUCAGAGUGAUAAUGAUCUUAUAAAGUUUAUUAGGGCAUGGCUGCCCCAGUUGUCUAGGCACAACAUCUUUCUGUGCAGAGUUGCAUCCCUUUGCUGUGCCAGGAUGGAAAGCUGCCCUGAUUAUGAUCCUUUGUGGUGACAGCACCACAUGUAAAAGUGGUACAUGUCUACACUUUUUGUCACUUUGAACUUUCUUCAUGACUUUGACACACCGUGGUAUAACCGAAGUACUUUUCGAAGCUCAUUCACUGUGAAGACUUUGGAAAAGAAAGCAAGUUUCCAGUGAAUGUUUGUAUGUUGAUGUCAGUAUUAACAAAAUUAGGGCUUAAUUUUAUGUCAAUUUUGUGAUUGGCCUCAUUGGAUGUAAAGUACCCAAGGCGAUGUAACAAGAAGUGAAAUAUAGAUGUCUUCAACUUGUUUAUUGAUAUCCUUGGCAACUGGAAGUGGUAUGUUUGAAAUGCUCAGUGACAGAGUUAUCUCCCCUUGUUGCUUGUUAAGAUAUUCUUCUGUGAAGACAUGUGUUUGUUGAUGUGAAUGUCGUGAGGUGAAUGCUGACUGUGUGUGAUAGACAGCGAGUAAAUACAUUCACCAUGUGAAUUGCAAUAGCUUGGAUCUGUUGAUAUGUCAUGAAUGCGUUCAAACCCUCAACACAGGAACACUGUUGCACAUGUUAGGUAUGUACCAACCUAUUCACUCCUCCACCUGGAGAGGACACUUGCCGGGGGCACACAGGACCUGCUAGACACUAGACUGAUGUCUUCUGGUUGUCUCCCACUGGUCUCAACAACAGAGCUGUAUCCUGUCAGCUCCCAUGUAGACUCAGGACUAAACACAUUACCUGUCUAUUCUAAGCUUUUCAUUCAAAGUCAUUGAUUAACAUGUCAGUACAUGAUUCAGCAGAGACAUGUAACAUGUUUGUCUCCCUGUGGGAGCUCCAAGGUAGAACAGUUCAAGGGUAGAUUUAACAACAAAUUUGUAUGUAGCCAGCAGGGUUACUGGCCCUUCUCCAAACUAGCUUGCCUACAACUAAGUGGCUCUGAAAAUGUUAGAACUCCUCACCCCUAAAACAAUUUUUUCUGCACUCUGAGAUUAAAUCUUGGUUUCCACUUGCCUCAUUUCAUAGGGAUUUAUGAGCAAAUAACAAGUUGUUGUUCACAACAUUACAAAAUGUCAGCCAGUUGUCACUCUACCAAGAUGAUCCUAUUCAAAAACAAUAAAUACUGGUAUACAUGGAAAGGGGUGAAAUGUUUGCUUAGCAGAUGGGCCAUCUACUUUAUGUUUCAGCAAGCCCUUUGAUAUUUUAGCUGGCCACAGGCCAAAGGGCCAGCAGUUAAAUCAACCCCAGCAGUUCCCCUGUAUGACAUUCAGUUUUUAAGCAAAAAUGAAAACAGAAAAUGUUAUGAAAACAUUGUCAAAAGAAAAAUAGUUUUCUUGUUUUUGGUUUUCUCUCUCUAUUUUGUCACUUUUCCUAACUUUUGAGAUAGAUCAUCUGUAAAAUGUGAUUGACUAUGGUUUGUCCGGGCAGAGAGCUGUGUUCCAAUAAUAAGUGCUAAUGGAUGUACACUCACUUCAUAUUCCAUUCAAUAUGAAUUAUGCUCAUUAACUAAAAUAUUGAUUUGGAUCGUCAAUUUUUAUGUUAGUUCUGGAGUGAUAUUGUGUCCAGUGAUACAUAGACAGAUUUGUACCUGAAUAUUGUGAUUCUAGAUAUGUAUAGGUAGGUUUACUAGUAUGUGUUUUGAAUGAGAGAAGUGUGAGCAUAUGUAUAUUCAUCUAUAAUCUGUGUCGUCAUCUUUAUUUUGUGCUUUAUAUAAACAAAGUUUUGAACAACAUUACAUUAUUUUGAGAAUUCAUCAACAAAUGAUGUGGUAACAAUGAACGUAUUGACUAUCAAACAAGAAAUAUUCUUUCUUGAUAUUUAAGUUUUGAUUUGCUUUUUGUUUUGUGGGUGCAUAACAUAUAUCUAUGAAAUUUAAAGCGAAGUUAUGUGUUGCAGAUGUGUAUGAUAUAAUUUGUAUAUUUUGUCAAGCCAAACUCUUUCACUUUUCACAUGUAACCAUGGUAACAGCAUAUAUACUUCUUAGUUAGGAGUAGUGAGAUUUGUAAUGUUCGAGUUUGUAGCAAUGAGAAUAAGCCUUGAAACAUCUGAGUGUUUGCAGGAGCCUUCAGUUUGUAUUGUCUCUAUCUUGGGCCAGACAAAUUUUGUUUCUCGUCUUGAGGCCACUUUCGGUCAAUGUGCCAAUGUGUUGUUUGGGGGUUAAUAAUAUUUUAACAAAAAGUGUUUUUUUAAGAUUACUUUUGCAAGGUAGUCUUGUCUGUACAUGAAGAGAAUUCAUUGAUCUGGCCUUCCUAUCUGAAUGCACCAUGCCACUCCCAAUCUAUGAUCCCCCGAACACCAAUGGCACCGCCGAGAAGAACGUGAUUCACACGUCAAUUCCCAGAAAACCUAGAUCAAUCCUACACAGGAUUGUGAACCCAUGAAGUAUUUUCAUACUUCUUGCUGACGGAGAACAUUGAUGUUGUAAUGAUGAAAGGAAGAAAAUAUUCCAGUGAUGGGCAAUUUGCUGUGCAGAGUUGCAUCCCUUGGGCAGGCCAGAAACCUAUGAUUGUGGGUAUGAAUCCCAGUUCAUCCUGAUAAUGUUUCCAGGUUUGUCAACACCAUACCCGUGCUCGUGGGUUUCACCGAAGUGGUAAACGUCUGUCACCUUCAUCACUUUGGGCUUUCCUGACGCAUUAAGCUGGCACAAUGUGACUGGAAUACUGUUCGAAGCGGCAUUAAACCAAACUCACCCUCUCAUUCCCGUGAUGGGAACCCUCUUUCACUAUCGCCAGCAGUAUAUCUCAAACGUUGUUCACUUGCAUGUCAACAUCAUUUAGUUUUAGACAUUUGUUCGUUCAAAUCAUCGUAUAUGUAAUCAUUAAAUAUUAUUUUUUCAUUCUUAGAAAUGUCACCCAUUCUUGUUAUGCCAUGAAAUUGGGGUAUUGUGAAUCGAACAUUGCCUCUGUUGUUUCCAUACUGGCCACCCUUUCAGGGUAACUGGGUCACGGAGUCACUCAUUCAGGGUGGAUGGGUGGACCGGCACCAGGUAUGCAGUUUAAGGAAGAGUUUUGUAGAAACAGUUUUCUAAAGUUACAAGUAUUGAAAAUAUGAGAACAAACUCUCAAACUUCGUCUUUUUGGGACUUGAUAAUAAAUAUAUAUAACGUGAAAUAAGAUUUACAGAUGUCUGUCAAAAUGAAUCUGUUUUGUAUCAGUUUAUUUCCUGCUUUUUACGAACUGAAGGCAGACUUUUGCACAAAUCAUGGAAGAAACAAUUGGUCUGGCCACAUGGGUAAAUCUUUGGCCUAGACUCAAGCCGAACCUGUUCUAAAUAGCUGCUAGAGGGCUGGAAGUUUCUGUGAUAUCAGAGCUGCUUCCUGUGUGUCGGACAUUGUGUAAUCAGACUACGGAACUGGUUGCUGUACCUACCAGUCUAUGGCAGUCUGGUGUCGUCCAUCUCAUGCUUGUCAUCGGAUUUAUUAAAGACUGGGUGGUCUGUGCAAUGUGUCAUCGGACUAAUAAGGACUGGUGGUCUCGGGGACUAGUGUGUCAUGCUAAGAUGGCGUAGGUUUUUGCUCAUCAAACAACAUUCACUCCCUCGCACACUUGAAUCCAAUGAAUUACUAGUCACCGGGUUGUGUAGAGUUUGUUCAAGGUGUUUUCCACCACCAUUUGAAAGUCCCCACAAACCACCAGCAUAGGUCGUCUUCAUGUCUAGAACUGUUCAGACCUUUACCAUUGAUUCUGUUCAUAUAUCUGGCACAUGUUGCACAAUAACCUUCUGAAUGCUGUACAAGGUCAAAAUAGUUGGGUUUCUUGCCUUAGUUUAUCUCUCACAUACCAAGUCUCACAAUGAUAGCAAUGUAGGCCAUUAUACAAAGCCUGAGAGAGACCACGCAGUGACGGUGGGUUAACCAUCUUACCGACAUCGGGGUGUUUGGGUGAAACAGGACUGUCCAAGACUCCAGGGCCAGGACUAAAAUGAUAUUCUUUGAUCGUUUCGUGCAAAUCCUGAUCAAUUACAGUGAACCCUUUUGAACUCCAUGGGGUUUACACAAUGGACUCCAGUUGUUCUACGAAGGCACUGCCGUUGUUGUGCAGUUGCAUUCCAAAGUUUCUUGGUUUUGAUUCCUGAUACACCCUGAUUGUUUCUUGGUUCGUCAGCACCAUGCAUACCCGUGGGUUUCACCGGGUCACCAUCUGCAACCUGCAUCACUGUCCUCACACAUCAAGCUGACAUGCCAUGAUAUAACUGAAGUACUGUUCAAUGUGGCACCAAACUCGCUCCAUGCGUACUUGGGGGCACAGGUGGCCCAGGUGGCCCAGUCGUCGAAGGCGCCGCGAUUUGCUGAGCAGAGUUGCGUCCCUUGGGCGCGCCAGAAACCUAUGAUUGUGGGUUCGAAUCCCGGUUCGCCCUGAUUAUGUUUCUAGGUUUGUCAGCACCAUACCUGUGCUCGUGGGUUUCACCAAAGUGGUAAAUGUCCAAGACCUGCAUCACUUCGGGCUUUCCUCCCACAUAAAGCUGACACGCCGCGAUAUAACUGGAAUACUGUUAAAAGCGGCGUUAAACCCAACUCACUCACUCACCAUAUGUACUCCUCCCAAUUCAAGGCAUGACAGUUUAGAUGAAAGAAUCAGGUGGUCGUUAUCUUUUCAGUGAGUUAUUUUGGAUUGUCUGAAGGUUUUCACUAUGUGCAAACUGUCACAUGACAUAGCAGUGAUGAGGGAAUCACGAUAUCCUGCUUAACACCGACAUAUCGUGAGAAAUAUCACUGCAUAUUCUUGUCCUUUAUGAUAAAUAGAUUUAAUAUGUGCCAAUACACAUAUCUAAGAAGCUUUGAAAAUCUAACCUGUCACUGAAUGUAGUGAAAAUGUGAAUAAAGUGUAAACUGCU